UUUGUCAUUCAGUCUAAAGCGUUCGUCUUGUCUGGUCCUUGUUGCAAGUACCUGACUUCGCGGCUAUUUCAAUCUUCUUUACAAAGUCCAUUUAUCCAAUUAAUUCAUCAACAUGCGCGAAAUCGUCCAUCUCCAAGCCGGUCAAUGCGGUAACCAGAUCGGUUCUAAGUUCUGGGAGAUCAUUUCCGAUGAACAUGGCGUAGAUCCAGAGGGCAAAUACAUUGGUGACAGCAACCUUCAACUUGAAAGAAUCAAUGUUUAUUACAAUGAAGCUUCAAGUUCAGGCGGAAAGUAUGUUCCCCGUGCUGUUCUGGUUGACUUGGAGCCUGGCACUAUGGACUCAGUCCGCUCUGGACCUUAUGGAAGGAUUUUCAGACCAGACAAUUUUGUAUUCGGUCAGAGUGGCGCUGGCAAUAACUGGGCAAAGGGUCACUACACCGAGGGAGCCGAGUUGGUGGAUUCGGUUCUCGAUGUCGUUCGCAAAGAAGCCGAAAACUGUGACUGUCUUCAGGGAUUCCAGCUUGCUCAUUCCUUGGGAGGUGGUACCGGAUCAGGCAUGGGAACUUUGCUCAUUUCCAAAAUCCGAGAAGAAUACCCAGACCGCAUCAUGAACACAUUCUCAGUUGUUCCUUCUCCUAAAGUGUCUGAUACUGUGGUGGAACCCUACAAUGCUACCCUCUCCGUUCACCAACUGGUCGAAAACACCGACGAAACCUUCUGUAUCGACAACGAAGCGCUUUAUGACAUCUGCUUCCGCACCCUUAAAUUAACCUCUCCCACUUAUGGCGACCUCAACCAUUUAGUCUCGGUCACCAUGUCCGGAGUGACCACGUGUCUUCGUUUCCCAGGCCAGCUUAACGCUGACUUGCGUAAAUUGGCCGUUAACAUGGUCCCCUUCCCUCGUCUCCAUUUCUUUAUGCCUGGUUUCGCGCCCCUCACUGCCCGCGGAUCUCAGCAGUAUCGCGCACUUUCCGUCCCAGAACUCACUCAACAGAUGUUCGACGCUAAGAACAUGAUGGCCGCCUGCGACCCCCGUCAUGGUCGUUAUUUGACUGUUGCUGCCAUCUUCCGUGGCCGCAUGUCCAUGAAGGAAGUUGACGAACAAAUGUUGAAUGUUCAGAACAAGAACUCUUCUUACUUCGUUGAAUGGAUUCCCAACAACGUUAAGACAGCCGUUUGCGACAUUCCACCCAGGGGACUCAAGAUGGCCGCCACUUUCAUCGGCAACUCGACUGCUAUCCAAGAGAUCUUCAAGCGUAUCUCUGAGCAGUUUACUGCUAUGUUCAGGCGCAAGGCUUUCCUCCAUUGGUACACUGGUGAGGGCAUGGACGAGAUGGAGUUUACUGAGGCCGAGUCCAACAUGAACGACCUCGUCUCUGAAUAUCAACAAUACCAGGAAGCUACUGUCGAUGAUGGUGAGUUUGUGGAGGAUGACAACCCAGAGGAGGAGACCGCUUAAGGGAAAGCAAGUUUCAAUGCGUGAACGAAACUUGAGAGUUUGAUUGGGGAAUUGCCAGAGUGGACGCAGUAAUUUGGGGAGACUGUUAUUAGUUGCACCAAUUGAAACCAGUUGCUGUAUUCUUUAUGAAACAGUUGAAUGCUAAAUUUUUAAAGUU